AUGACCGGCAUAACUCGGGGCCAGCGAGUCCUUCAUACUCAAUUUCAGUCUUUGAAUCACUCUCGUUUCCGCCUCAAUGUCCAAUUACUGCCCAUCUGCGCGCAAUCCCAGCUCUUCUCAACCUCCGCCCCGAGCCAGCAAUCCCGCCGACACUCCCCAUCACCUACAACUGUCUCAAUUCCCUCCAAAGCCGAAAUAAAUGCGCCAAUAAGCACUCUCCCUGCCCCCCUCACAACCCCAUCCCCUUUAAGCCCCUCCGCAGGCGCAGCAGAUAAACUUAAACGCUAUGUCGAAUUCGGCCGCGCAUACGUGACCUUCUACAAAACGGGCCUGAAAAAUGUCUACCACAACUACCGCGCCUCACUCCCUCUACGGAGAAAACUAGGCCUACCCGCCUACAUCCCCACAUCCCCGCCACGAACAAGCACACACAACCGCAGCGCGCCAUCAAUAACACAAGAAUUCAAGCUCGGCCGCGCGCAGUUUCAGCUCGUCCGCCGCUCCGCCCGCGAUGUCCGCCGUAUGAUCCCCUUCACGCUGAUCCUGAUCGUCUGCGGCGAGUUCACACCCCUGAUCGUCCCGAUUUUCGGCUCUGCCAUUACACCCGCGACGUGUCGUGUGCCCUCGCAGGUGGAGAAGGAACGCGUUGCUGCCACGGUGCGCAAACUUGCGGCGCUGGAUGUGUUUGUGGCUGAGGAUAAGGAUCGGUCUAUCCAUCUACUCAAGGCGGGCAGUGAGAAGCAGUUGGCUCUUCUUGCUGGGUCCUUUGCUGACCCUGUCUGGGUCGCUGGUGCGAGUUCCGCUGAUGUUUUACGUGCCUGUGCUGUUUUUGGUCUGGUUAAGCGUCAUGAUAAGACCGCGGGCGAGUCCCUUGCUGGUUUGAUCUACCGGCCUCGGUUGGCGCGGUAUGUCGAGUACCUGGCUAUUGAUGAUGGACUGAUUCGUGUUAGUGGAGGAGUUUCAGCUAUGAAUGCUUCUGAAGUACGGAUUGCAGUUGAGGAACGUGGUGGUUUGGACGUCUCUUCUGGUACUCAAGACCUGAAACGGAUGGAGGAAUUGGAGAGACGCUGGUUGGAUCAGUGGUUGACUGUUCGUGGAAACAGUCCCUAG